CUCACUACUCACCUCCAUUUUCCCUCCCCCCAUCCUACAUAGAAUACCUAUCCUGUCACCGCCUCCCAGCUCAUCCCUUCUCACGCCCUCUUCCUUCUUCUUCACGCGACCUGUACCAAAAUAUCCGAGCAACGAGUAAUUGUACCUCUACAUACCUGUAUUGAUAACUUCGUCGCAAGCAUGCCGCCAAAGCGCCAACCUACCACUACUACCUCCACCUCCAACACAGCAAGCACGGUGAGGAGGACAUUGAGACCUUCGAAAGCCACCGCUGCAACGACGGUCGCGGCGAAGAAAGCGGUAGCCGCUUCGACGACGACUACUACGAAGACAAGAGGGACGAAGCGGAAGCUUGAGGCCGAAGCUGAAGUGGAAGUGGAAGAGAGGGUGGUUAUUCAGCAGGAAGGAGACGAGGAUGUGGUGGUGAAGCCUCGGCUAGUUAUUAAGCAGGAUGGGGAUGAGGACGUGGUGAUUUCUGUUGCGAAGAAGGCCGUAACGAAGACGACGACGACGACCAAGAGAACGCCGGCAAAACGGGGCAAGGCCGAGACAAAGAAGACGCCGGCGAAGAGGACGCCGGCGAAACGCGUCAAGAUUGAGGUUGAAGAGGUGGUUGUCAAGGCGGAGGUGAAUGCGACGCCCAAGAAACCGGCAACUGUCAAGCCCAUGCCCACGCCAGCAAAGACUCCGGCGAAGACUAGAACGGGUACAUUGGACGCCUUCCUUGCCGGCACACUCACGCCAAAAAAGACGCCGAAGAAGCCGUCUGGGACACUCGACGAUUUCGUUUUGCGGACUCCUGUUGCAGUAAGAGAGGAGACGCCUGUGGAGGAAACGCCAGUAAAGACAUCAAAGAAACCGUCAGGAAACCUCGAUGACUUUGUUACGCGGACACCUACCGCUGCUAUUGCUACGCCAACGCCAAAGAAGCCCUCGGGGAAACUCGACAGCUUCGUCGCCAAAACGUCCUCUAGUCCGUUGAAGCAACGUGCCGGAAACGAAGAUACCCAGCCUGAAGACGCCGAGGCCGAAGACCUACCAGAGUCAUUAACCUGUCUAAUCCGCUUCCACGGCUCACUCCUCACCGCGCUGCUCCUACACAAGGCGCAGAACAGCUCCGGCAUCUUCCCGUCCUUCGCCGCGAUGAAGCCUCACAUCGAGCGGCUCACAUCCAAGCGCGUGUCUCUCGAGGACAUACGCAAAAUCGUCUUCCUCUCGCACUACAAUCUCCCGUCCGAUGCGAAGGGUGGCCUAGAGCUCAUCGACUACGGCGCGGGCAAAACAGUCGUGAAGUUCGUCGAAACCGCGUCCACGAAGCUGAUCCACAGCGAGUCCCUCAAAACGCUCUUCCGGCAGCAAGUCCGCGAGUUCCACGCGCACCUGGGCGCCGACGCUGCCGUGCCCCUCGCCCAGAUCCACGAGCACCUGCACCGCACCACGAUCAACACCGUCCUGCACGGUAAAUCCCAGCAGCUGAUCAAGGAGCUCAAAGCCGUCCCCAAGAAGAGCACCAUCACGUUCACCGCCAAAAAAGCCGCCGCCUCAACCCGCUCCUCGGGCCUGAUCGAGCGCAUCCGCGCCAAGGCUGCCGCCGCAGAGAAGCCGCCUACCCCCGAGGAGCUCCUGCGCCGUGCGGCGGGUGACAGAGUAGGCGAGGUCAGAGAGAUAUUGCGCGGGUGCCGAGCGAAGGGCGGAAGUCUUGGGCUCAGGGCCGCCGUCGAGAAGGUCCGCGAGAGCGUCAAGAAUCCGAUUGGUGCCGAUGAGGCGGAGCUCGCGGUUAAGCUCGUGGCGGAGAUGGAGCCCUGGUGCGAUGUGCGUAUAAGUGGAGGAGUGGGCGCGGUCGUGUUUGGUGGCUGGGAGGGCGAGGGGCUGUUCGCGUAAGAAUGUAGCUUUUUGGAUUGUACAUUGGUUAUGAGCCGGGUAGAUCUGUAGACUGUAGUGUUUGGUUUUUUGACUGGGUGUAUGGGAGUUUCUUUUUGUCUUUGUCGUUGUCUUUGUCUUUGUCUUUGUCCUGUGUGUUUUUUGGAAUGUUUAGCGAGUGGGACUGUGGGAGGUGAUUAUACCCAUGCGGAUGAAUGUAUUGGAUUGUAGCAUAGCAUAGAAUACCCUGGCAUACAUUAUGUAGGAGGUUUUAAGGAAGGAAGCAUCAAUUGGAAUCGAGUCAAG